AUGAUAGAGGAUGCGAAAAAAACGACGAACCGCUUGCAGCGGAAAAUUUCUCACCUCAAUAAGUCACUGCAGACGCUCCAAAGCCAGCACGAUACGGUUCGUGAACGGCUUCAAGCUUUCGAAAGCAACAAACAAAUCGCCUGUUUUGUGAGUGUACUAAGAGCCGCAGACGAAGGCCAUAAAACCACCGAAUUUAUCAAGAAUCAAGUGUCGAAUUUCGCUUCCAAGAAGCCAGCGUAACGAUCGAUUCUGAGGGAGUGCGUCCUCUGGAAAGCGUGCUCCAACAAAGGUUACGAGUAUGUGAGAACAAGAGGCCUGUUCAAGUUGCCUUGUCGUGCCACACUGCAGAAGUACAUUGGGCACUCAACAGGUGAAAUAGGCGUCACAUCACUCAUAACAGAACGCCUCCGCGCAGAGCUUCAAGCGCUACAAGUCGAACACGAAAUCUUCUGCUCCCUGAUCAUCGAUGAAAUGGCGAUACAGCAGAAAGAUAUGUACGGUCGCCAACUCGAUAAGGUUUUCGGUCUCGUUGACAUGGGUCCUGAGCAGCAAUCAUGUGCAACGCCUGAAGUGGCGAACAGGUUGUUGUGCUUCGUCCUGCGAGGGCUAUCAACUGCCUAUGUAAUAACCCUUGGGUACUUCUUUACCCGGUGCCUCAGGAGUGAGCUACUUCGUUUUAUGACAAUGAAUGUCAUGAAGGCAGUCGAAGAUGUGGGUUUCCGUGUAACGAGGAUUGUUACCGACAAUCACCAGUCAAAUGUUGCGCUCUUCAAGAGCCUUUCCGAAGACGGAAUGCUUGCGCAUGUAGUGCCACAUCCAUUGCGACAAGGUGAUCCUGUUUUUUUGUCUUUUGAUCCGAAUCACCUCAUCAAGAACCUCAGAAAUAAUAUUGUGGAAAGAGAGAUGAUGGACGGAGAUAAUCUAAUUCAAGGUGGACUGCACUUGAAGGAGCUACUCAGCAUUCAGUCACAGCUACUCGUAAAGCCAGUGAGGUUCCUAACACAGUCACACGUUGAACCUAAUGACUUAGAAAAGAUGAAAGUGUCAAGGGCUACGCAAGUUUUCUCCCCAGUCGUAAUAGCAACGCUUGAGUUCCUACAAGAAAACCCGCAAUGCCACCCUGAUGCGACAGAAUUUCAGGACUGUUUGCCCACCAUCACCUUCAUGAAAAUGGAGUCGAAGUGGUAUGACCUUCACAAUAUUGGCGCUGUGAAGCCGCGCGGUCAAAGGGAAGAACCAUUCUACUUGAUCGACGACGACCGUCUUUCGUGGCUUGAAGUAGACUUCAUCACGUACAUCGAGGAGAUUCAGCUUUCUGGUGGCAAAACAAAAAAGAAAAUGACGAAAGAAACAUGCGAGGCAACGAUAAUGACGACGGGGUCAACUGUGGCAUUGAUUCAACAUCUAUUAGACAACAACUUUCGCUACGUCUUGACCCGUGCCUUGAACAGCGACCCCGUGGAUUCCCUCUUCAGUUGCUUUCGACAGUUUAACGGAGGCAACGAUAGAGUUGAUGCAAGAACCGUGGUCUUCACAGCCGAAAAGCUGUUAAAGGUUGGAAUCCUCCAAGCUGCUAAGAGUGGAAACGCUCCCCAUAGCUCCGAAACAAAUGCACCUCUAAAACUCGAAGCCCGAGAAGGCAACACCGCGGCCGUGCCACUUGUGGUCGUCCUCGGUGCUAAGCGGCUUUCCUAUGAGCUAGAAGUAUUAAAUGUUUAUCUUGCUGUGCCGGAUGACCUCGAACUAGCACCCCUAGUAUACCUGGCCGGAUACAUCGCGCGUGCAUGUGAAGAGAAGUUGCCCUGUGAAUCAUGCAAGGUUCUCCUGCAAGAGACGAAACCGUGUAGCAGCAUCUACGAUUUAGUGAAGAAAAUCGAUAACGGACAACUUCGGUAUCCCAACAUGGAGAUCGUGAAAAUUUGCAAACUCGCAUGUGACUUUGUCAGUGAAGUGAUGAAAGACACUGAAGUUCGAAGAAGUGGAAAUCUGUGUAAACUUCUUCACUCAGCCCUCCUUCCACAUUUGGUUACCUGCCCCGCACUACGGUGUGGUUCGGGCAGCCUUCAGCACACGAACCAGAUCUGUGAUGUUUUUUUUAAAAAGCUGCUUCGACCACUCCUAGCUAACUGGGCAGGGAAUGUGAGUGCCACUGUGCAACGUCUUGUAAGGCUGGCACACAAGCCCCUCUCCAGAAAAGUUCUGCGCCUUUGAGGACCAUGGCACCUC